GGAGGGCAGCGACUUGUUUUUUUCCCUGUGGUUUUCUGGUUCCAGGCUCCUGUUGGGCAGUGCAGAGGAGCCAGUUGAGGUCUGGCCUCGGUGCUGGGCCAGCACAGUGUCCUGGCGCCUUGGCAGACCCUGGCCUCUUGGGCUCAGUUUAGACCCCUUGCCUCUGCCCAGAGAACAUCCCGUCAGACAACUACUUGUGGUGCCGCAGGUCCGAACCUUCCGAGCUGAGCUGAGGAAUGGGAAGGGCUUAUCCUGCCUGGCACAUGGCGCAAUGCCAGAAUGAAGAGAGGCGCUGGCCGGCCAGGAGUAUUCCCCAAGAACUCUGGGGCGCCAGUCCUUCAGCCAGCCCUCCUUCCUUCUAUGGCCCGAGACAGGAAAUUACACUCCUUUUCUUCCUGGACAGCCCUGGUUGAUAAGGACAACGUUAGCCUCAGUAGAAGGCUCUUGAUACUUCCCUUUAAGAGCCAGGGCAGAAUUCAAGAGGUCAGUGUAAAGCUCUGGAAAGGGCUCUAGAGCCAGGCAUUGAGUUCCCAUUCUGGCCCAGUCUAGUCCAGUUCUGUGACCUUGGAUGUGUUACUUCCUCUUUCCCGGACUGUUUCUUCUUCCCUCCUGCAAUGUGAAGAGCCUGGUGAAAUUCCCUUAAUAAAUAGUCCAUCAAGGACGAAGACACAGGUGGUUCCAGUGUAUUGCUGUGCUGUGGGGCCCCAGACUGGGUGGCAGAGGAGGGUCCCAGUGCCUCUUGAGCCAGGCCCAGUGGCUGUAGAGAGAUGGGGCAAUUUGCCAGAGUGGCCCCAGGGACCCAGAGGGUUGUCAGGUGAAUGUGCAGGGCCAGCAGCACAUCUAGGGUAGAUAGAGUAGGCAAUAGCCAAGAGGACCCAGGGACCUCAGGGGGAUGGCAGGAUGCGUAGUCAAGGCCAUAGCAACUGUGCAGCUGCCCCAGGGUCUUCUAGUCACUGAUGGACACCCAGCUCUUAGGACUGUACCCAGACACACCUCAUAGGCCUCCGUAAACCUGGGUUAGUUGUCCUCUGGAGCUGAGGUCAUGCCAGUAUUGGGCCUUGGUAUUUAGAGGUCUGCAGACUUGAUGACACUUGCCAUGCAUUUAGUGUCUGGUGUUGCCCUGAGUUCUUCAAGGCCCUGGGGCAGAGGUGGUUACCCCAUUUAGCAGGAUUGAAUGGAGGCCGGUCAGUGCUCACAAGCUCCAGGACCCACAGCACCAUCAGAACACUGUGCUGUGUUUAGUUACAGAGCUGCCCUUUGUUAUACCACCCCUCUGUUGGCUUGAUUCUUUUGGCUAAUAGCGGAGUCAGAAGAGAUGAACCAGAUCUGAAGCCUCUUAGUUGUAGAGUUGUGGUCUCUGGCUUCCCCAUUCUGUGGGGUGCACUGUCAUGAGAACUCCAUGCAGGGCUGCUGGCUGCUUCAAGGGACUCCUUGAGAACCAGCCUCCCAUUUUAGGGGUCCUGCAGCAUAGGGAAAGAUUCAUGCCAGCCAAGUGGAUGGGGGAAUUGGGGUUGUCACACUGCCAGUGCUGGUGGCCCUGUCCUAGGAGCUCAGAGAGCACGUGCCUUACUGCUAUGGAGGAGCCAAUCAGCUUGAGCCCUGGCCCAGGUGGGCCAGGCCCUGGGGCCCUCCCCAGUGGUUUCCACACUUGCCUUUGCCAUACCCUUUGCCCUCUCCCUGUGAGCUUGCAGACAGUGGCUUCUCUAUCCUGUGCUGAGGGGGGAGCCAUGUCCAACCUCCCCCAAGAUGCCUGGCCUUGCAGUAGAUGAUACUAGGAGCCCAGGGAAGAUCAGAUGAAGUCUCAGACUCAGUGCUCAGGGUCAGGCUGCUCAGAGUGAUUGCUGAGGGUGCUGUAGGGUUUGUGCUGGGCAGUGCUGCGAGUAGUCUGUGCCCUCCUUGAGGACAUACUCUGCUGGACGCUGUUUGGGACUUGCCAAACAAGUGGCAGGAGCCACGGAGGUUAGGUAGCCGUCUUUCCUAGGGAACAUAGGUCUCACCAUGUUAGCAGGCGCUGACAGGGAGCCAAUGCCAGCACCGAGAGACCGCACACUGUAUGUCUCGGCUUGGGCUCUGUGGCUCUGGCAUCGCACCAGCCACACAGCCUGUCUCAACCUCUGGAUCAAAUGGCAGUGAUGGUGUUGACACCUUGUCUGCUGCUGCUAGUCGAACUCUCAGUGUGCGUUAUCCUGUUGGAUCCCAAUCCUGGCCCUGGGAGCGUAGGAUGGACACACAGGCAAAGCACCUUGCCCAGGUCACUGGCUGUUCUGGUGGGGCUGCUUGCUGACCCACCAGCCUGCCUGGAGAGAUUGUUCUUGCGCCUCGCCAUCUCUCCUAGGUGUUAGGGCAUCAGGAGUGGAGCUUAUGUGCUUACGGCACUCUGUGCCUGCGGGUCUGGGGCUUGAUCUAUGCUCCAUGAAUGUGCUCUGUUGCUCCGGGGUAAAGAGGACAGUGAAGCUGGGGGAAGGGGCAGUCGGAGAGCUUCCAGGCAGGGGCCAUUGAUGAUUGGGCACACUGCCUCAGCAGAGAGCAAGCUAGAGAGGCGAGUGAGCUAGGGGCAAGUAUGUGCUGCUGGAAGGAGGAUGGGAGGGUGUACGCCCAACCAGAAAGUGCCCAGCUGGGGGCUGGUCUGUGCUUGUUCUUGCCUAUCUUUUAAUAUGCUUUUCUUUUUUUUAAAGGGGCACUAUAGAUUGAACCCAGGGGCACUUAACUACUGAGCUAUACCCUCUAGCCCCUUCUUAUUUUUAAUUUUGAGACAGGGUCUUGCUAAGUCACUAGAACCUCACCAAGUUGCUGAGGCUGGCCUUGAACUUUCUAUCCUCCUGCCUCAGCCUCCUGAGUAGUUGGGAUCACAGGUGUGCGCCAUCACGUCUGGCAUGUAUGUUAAUUUUUAAGAGCAGUUUUAGGUUUGCAACAGAACUGAGUAGAAUUUGCAGGGCUCCUGUGUGUCCCUAUCUUUCCGCCCUCACCAUGGCCAAGUUUGUUAACCCUGAUGAACUUGCGUCACCUGUUACCACCAGAGUCCAUAAUGUACGUUCUGAAGGGUAAUCUGUUGGGUUUUAGCAGGUUUCAGUUCUCUGCCAGCAUUUGAGAAUCUGAGUGUUGGGAGUGGACCUGAAGAUCAGCAUGCACAGAGGGCAGCCCGUGGCCAGGGAGGAGCAGGGUUGCUCCCCAGGGACCUGAGCUCCUGCCACUCCAGCUGCACUGCAGCUUCACAGUAGGGACGUAGACAUGGAGCUUCGGGAAGAGGCCUGGUCUCCGGGGCCGCUGGAUUCUGAGGACCAGCAGAUGGCCAGUCACGAGAACCCAGUGGACAUACUCAUCAUGGAUGAUGACGACGUCCCCAGCUGGCCCCCGUCGAAGCUCUCCCCGCCCCAGUCUGCACCCCCGGCGGGGCCCCCACCUAGGCCACGGCCGCCCGCCCCCUACAUCUGCAACGAGUGCGGCAAGAGCUUCAGCCACUGGUCCAAGCUGACACGGCACCAGCGCACGCACACCGGCGAGCGGCCCAACGCCUGCAGCGACUGCGGCAAGACCUUCUCGCAGAGCUCGCACCUGGUGCAGCACCGGCGCAUCCACACGGGCGAGAAGCCCUACGCCUGCUCCGAGUGUGGCAAGCGCUUCAGCUGGAGCUCCAACCUCAUGCAGCACCAGCGCAUCCACACCGGCGAGAAGCCCUAUGCCUGCCCCGACUGCGGCCGCAGUUUCACGCAGAGCAAGAGCCUGGCCAAGCACCGGCGCUCGCAUAGCGGCCUCAAGCCCUUUGUGUGUCCGCGCUGUGGCCGCGGCUUCAGCCAGCCAAAGAGCUUGGCGCGCCACCUGCGGCUGCACCCCGAGCUGUCAGGGCCUGGUGUGGCCGCCAAGGUCUUGGCAGCCAGUGUGCGCCGAGCUAAGGCGCCGGAGGAGGCAGCGGCGGCGGACGGCGAGAUCGCCAUCCCGGUGGGCGACGGCGAGGGCAUCAUUGUGGUGGGCGCGCCUGGAGAGAGCGCCGCGGCUGCCGCAGCUAUGGCCGGCGCAGGGGCACGGGCGUCCGGGCCGCGGUCACGACGCGCCCCGGCUCCCAAGCCCUAUGUGUGCAUGGAGUGCGGGAAGGGCUUCGGGCAUGGGGCUGGGCUUCUGGCCCACCAGCGGGCUCAGCACGGGGACGGGCUGGGGGCGGCGGGCGGCGAGGAGCCUGCGCACAUCUGUGUGGAGUGUGGCGAGGGCUUCGUGCAGGGCGCUGCGCUCCGCAGACACAAGAAGAUCCACGCUGUGGGCGCGCCCUCGGUCUGCAGCAGCUGCGGACAGAGCUUCUACCGGGCUGGCGGGGAGGAUGAGGACGAGGACGCAGCCUCCGGCGGGCGCUGCACCGAGUGUCGUGGCACGGAGGGCCGGUAGGGGCGGGGGCGCCCGGGGGGGAGCAGGGCCCCUCGGGCUUGGCGGGGACGACAAAACCAGGAGGCCAGGGAGAAAUGGACAGAGGGGUGCGACCGGUGGCAUCCUCGUCUCCUGCCCCUGCUACUCGGCCUGCGCUGUCUUGGUGCGAGAGGACCUGUGGGCAUUAGGGCAAGAUGGUUUCUCAAGGUGCCCGCUGGCUCUCCAAACCCUGCCCUUUCUAGGUUCUCUGCCAGAGCCAGAGCUAGACAAUGUGAGAACUGUAGAGGUCAAGAGGCCAGACCCUCACGCAAGAGGCUGCCCCUCUCUCCCCACACUGUCUGGGAUGUUGUAAGAGAUGGAGGGAAGUCUGGCCUUUUGUAUUUAGAGGGUCCCAGAAAGGCGAGGGGAGAGGGGCCCUUUGCCCUCUUAGAGUUUUCUUUUAAUCAUACCCCUUACCCCCUCCCAUCCACUAUUUUUUCUGCCCUUUGAGUCCUAUUGAUUUUAUAGCCCAGGUUUUCCUCCUGCUCCUGGGUGUGGGGUAGCAGAGGAGUGAAGCAGAAGGAGCCCCGACACCCAGGGUAGCCCCCUUCAGAGGAUGGGGUGCGCUGUCUGUUCCCUGGCGUGGGCAGGUGGAAGAAGGGGUGUGAGGGCAAUAAAUCACACUAUUCGAUUGUC